CGAAGCGGAAACACGAGAGGGGCGCAACUAUCUGGGCUAGAGAUGGAGUUGGGGGGGAGAGCUACAACGAGGAGCAGACGACUGGUUGAUGACCUUGGAAGAAGGAUGCAGGAGGUUACAGGUGAUGGUGGGCAAGCUGUCUUUGCGAUCUCACGAGGAGCCAGAGGACGUAGGGGGGGCGAUCUCUCAGGCUGGCUGCGUGAAGAAUAUGGCCGACGACAUGCUAGACAUCAUCUGGGAGUUGGAGGAGGGGCCGGAUCCCCAACUAGAAUCCUGCAUCGAUUGGACGAGGGCACACGGCAUGAUGUCUACCUGUUAUACCCUCUUCAUUGAGGGCAGUAACCUGCGCUAUAAGCUGGAGGAGCGGUUAAUUGGCGAUGACGACAAGGAGGAUGAGAACUGGCAGGAGAAUGGAGCACAAAAAGACAAGGCUAACUCCGACGUCAACACCGACAACAACAAGAACAACAACAACAACAACAACAACAAUAUUAACAACAACAACGACUACAACAACAACAAUGACAACGACAACAACAACAGGCUUAGCAAUAAUAACAAUGACAACAACAACAUCAGCAACAACAACGACAACAACAACAGUCACAGCGACAAUGAUGUCAGCAUCAACAACAACGACAACAACAACAACAGCAACAACGUCAACAAUUACAUCAACAACGACGAAGACUACAACGACAGCGAUGACCACGACAACAACGAUGUGGUGGGAAUUGGGGCAGAUAACAACAACAACGACGAUGGGGAUGAUAACAACAACAACUGCGAUGAUGGCGGCAGCGGUGACAGUGGUGGCAGCGAUGAUGGCGAUAGAUAUGUGGGGAUUGGGGAUGAUAACAGUGAUGGGGAUGACAAUAACAACAACAAAGAUGGGGAUGACAACAACAACAACUACGAGGAUGGCGGCAACGACGACGGCGGUGGAAGCGACUACGACGGCGGCAGCAACGACCACUGGAGCAGCAGGGCAGAGAGCAUCAGCACGACGGGAAAAAAACGCUAUGCUGACGUGGUGGGAAGUGGAGUAGACACAGAUAAGAGGGUUAUAUGCGGAGUGAUGUGCCUGGCGAGAUGGGGCUUCAAGUUGGGGUUGAAGGAUCAAUCUAUUCAUGUGCAGAACAUGUUCGUCUGGAUAUGGAGACAGGCAAGUUGAGUGUGGAAGGCUGAAAAAAGAGUCGAGCUUGGAAACGUCAGAGGGAGACUGUCGAAGCCUCCACUCCCCCCUUUAGUUGCGAGUGCAUCAAAAUUUUGCAAGGUCUACUACAGUCUGCUUUCCUGGGCAACUGGGACACAUACACAAGCGCGUGGGCAGGGUUACACUAUGUAGGCUUGUCUGUCGGAGUGCUGGACUGUGCUAGACCGCAUUUUGCUGGCUGACAAAGUGAGCUGUUUGAAUGGCCAUGGGAGGAUGCAUAUAGUCAGAAGUCAGUUGUUUGUACGGCUGUUGGAGGAUGUCUAUAGUUAGAAGCGAAUUGUUUGUAGGCCUAUCGGACAUGGAUAACUAUUGUGAGAAUCCUGCGAUACUGAUGGGCUGAAUAGAUAAUCACUGGUGGGCAGUACUAACUAGAAGCCACCCAUUGCUCGGCGCACAGUAACUCGGGACUGAGUUGUAGUUGAGGUGACACACACUCAGGCCUUCCCCAGCGAGAAAGUCAAAGCCAAACCCAGUCAACGUGGACUGUUCUCUAUGUGACAGCCUGAGGGUGAAUUGUUGCAUGUUAUGUGAUUUUUUUUCCCCUUCUGGUGUGACGCUCUAUAUAGGUGCAGUCCUCUGUGAAUGGACGAUGAUAGUAAAUGCAGAACGUAGUAACUGCAGUAAGUGCAAGCAGUAAAUGCAUUAACUGCAGUAACUGUAGUAGUAACAGUCUUCAAAUGAGUAGCAGCAGGUUUCUUGAAAAGACUCCGUUGGUUCAAACUGCGAUUUGAAUUCAGCUUUUGGAAAGAGACUAGCAGGCCUGCGACCUGACUGCUUGCCUGGAUAUUAGCUGCUUCGUAAAUGCAGAACGCAGUAGCUGCAGUAAGUGCAAGCAGUAACUGCAUUAACUGCGUUAACUGCAUUAACUGCAGUAACUGCAGUAAAUGCAGUAAAUGCAAAAGCUGUAGUGACUGUAGUGACUGUACUGACUGCAGUAACUGUCGUAACUGUCGUAACUGUCGUAACUGCAGUAACUGUAGUGACUGCAGUAACUGUAGUCACUGCAGUGACUGCAGUAAAUGCAAUGACUGCAG